AAAUUGUUUACAAACAAAUACAAAUGUUAACACAUUAUAACUUUUAAUUAAAAUAAAAUAACAUGUUAUGUUGCGUUUGUUUGCUACAAACCUCAAAAACGUUGGCAGUUUUUGAUGUCACACAUAAAGUGCAUAAUAUUGCUGAAAUAGUACAUCAACACUUUUGGUUCAAGCCUACGCCGAAUGAUGAUAAUCCCACACAAAUUUGCAUACUUUGCUGGGAUAAAAUCAAAGAUUUUCACGACUUUUACCAAACUGUUAAGAAAUCUCAUAAUGUAUUUCAAAAUCUAAGUGCCGACAUCAAGGAGGAAGAGGAAAAACCUAGUACUAGUGCUAUUAAACAGGAACAAGAUGGAUUUGAAGAAAACCUAAUGCAAGUGGAAGUUGAAAUCGACGUAAAUCCAAACUGUGAACAUGAAAUUGAAGUAAUCAAAGAAAAUCCCCUAGAAGCAGAACAGAUUGACGACGUAGAGUUAGAGUCGGAAGAUGAUAGCGAUGACAGUUCUUUUAAUGAUUGUGAAAAUUCAGAAAUAAGUGAAGGUGAUGAAAGUUCCAUGGAUGAAGAUAAAACAAAGGAUGUGAAUGACAAAAAAGAAAUUCCUGAAAAAAAGGGCAACAAAAUUGUUAAAGGUGUAAAAAAGAGUACAAAAAAGAAAAAGUUUAACAAAAAUGAGUUGAAAAGUAAAUGCCCCACAACUAAGAAGAAGUGGACAGAUAAAUUUUUAGAUCCCAUUUUAACGGAACAGAUGAUUAAAAAGCAUAUUAAUAUGAUUUGUGAUUUAUGUGUUUUUGUUGGUUCUUCCUUUCCCGAUAUGGUCAGUCAUUUUAAGAAAUACCAUCCCAAAGUGCGUCCCUAUAUAAUGUGCUGCGAUAGGAAAUUUACUAAGCGUUAUUAUGUAGCACAACAUGCUCUGAAACAUGAAGAUCCAAAUUAUUUUAGAUGUGAACAAUGCAAUAAAUCCUUUACAACAACCUGCAGUCUUCGAACUCAUAAUUUAUCUUAUCAUGCUCCCGAAGAAGAACUUUUACACUCUUGCGAAUCAUGCCCAAGAAAAUUUGCCAGGCGAAAUUUAUUGGAACUCCAUCGUCCCAUUCAUAUACCAAAAGAAGAAUGGACAUUCUUUUGCACCAAGUGUCCAACUCAGAAAGCAUUUGCAACGGCUUAUCUGUUAAAUAUUCAUAAUGGCAUGAAUCACAAGAAAGCGGCCAACAUUUGUCAUGUAUGUGCCAAAGAGAUUAAAGAUAAACAUGCCUUUGAAAAGCAUGUACGGCUACAUUUUGAAGACAGUGGACCUCGGGUUAAAUGUCCUUAUCCCGACUGUGAUAGCUGGCUAAAAGACGAGGACAACUUAAAGUCUCAUUUGCAAAGACAUAAUCCCGAAGGUAAAAUCUAUAAAUGUCCAGAUUGUGGUAAGCUCUGCAAAAAUCGUGGAGCCCUUACAAACCAUAAGCGAUACAGUCACUCCAAUGAAGUAUUCCAGUGUGAACAAUGUGAUAAAACAUUUAAGAAAGCCAUUUCGUUGAGAGAACAUAUGACACAACAUACGGGAGAAACAUUAUAUAAAUGUCCAUUUUGCACCCGAACUUUCAACUCAAACGCGAAUAUGCAUUCACAUAAAAAGAAACAACAUCCAAUAGAAUGGGAUGAAUGGAGAAAAAACAAAAAAGGCAGUGCCCAAAGUUUUAUUAACAAUACUAAUCCUUUAGUUCGAAACUAGAUGAUAAUAAAAUGUUUUACAGUAUCUUAUAAAA